AUGUUCAAAGUGACAUUCUCCGUUCAACUGCGGGAUCCUACAUCACCGACCGUAAGCGGCGCAGUUCUAGAGAGGUCUAGAGUUAUACCGAAACUUCCGAACCGGUACCACGUAUGCUCUGAGCGGGUACGGACCGGUAAAAAAGCAACGCCGGCCAAGUAUCGCGCCGGCCUAUAUGGGGCCAACCGAAAAAGUGCAGCUCGUAAACAACAAACGCGCACGGAUGCCCGCGAAAAAAUGGACUCGGCAAUUAGCCAGGGCGAUGCUCUGAGGACGAGUUCCGCGCUUGAAAUGCCUCGCCUC